AUGGAGCCGUCCCUUGAUAGUGAAGGCUUGCCAGAUGCUCUUCCCGGGACCAUGUCCGACACCUGGCCCGGAGAGUCUUCCAUUACAACAACGAGUUUAGCACCCCUUGAGAGCUCGCCGCAAGCACGUUUCACGGCCGAGUACCAUGCCUUUCUCAAUGGAUUUUAUCCUACUCCAGUUCCAAAUUCCUCGAUGAUCGAUCCUAUUCCUCUCGCCCUUGGGACUAUGCCCGUGUCGAACUAUAAUUUGUCGGGCGCUAACCCCGACAUGGUUAGUCUGUCAUCCGGCACCCGAUCUUCCGUCGCUGUGGUGGAUCUUCCGAUGCCGAACCCACAGAUUUCCUCCGCCGUCUCCAACCCCGGACUCUCCCAGUCUGCUGUUAACAACAACGGGAUUUUCCCAUGGCAUUGGGAUCCUGCCGUCGUCAGUGCUAGUGCCAAUACCAGUGCCCAUAAUCAUCUUGGCAGAGUCCAACCCACAAUACGUCUCCGCGUAUCCUUCGCUGCGAAUGGAAAGACUGUCGCCACCGUAACAUUUUCCGACGCGAGGGCGAUCUACUGCGCCACGUGA